AUGCUGGGGCGGGCCGUGGCGACCAGCGGCCUCUCCUGCCGCCUCGGAGUCCUGCCUGGAAAUUCUCUUGGGGGGCUGCUGCUAAACUGGCACAACCUGCGAGCCGUGCUUCUUAAGCUGCUAGUAAGGUAUUCAGUAUUUCUGCAGGGUAUUCUAGAGCGCUUAGAUGCUGGAGAAAUUGUGAUUGGAGAUGGAGGAUUUGUCUUUGCUCUUGAAAAGAGAGGAUACGUAAAAGCUGGGCCUUGGACUCCUGAAGCAACAGUAGAACACCCAGAAGCAGUUCGUCAGCUUCACCGGGAAUUCCUUAGAGCUGGAUCCAAUGUUCUGCAGACAUUCACCUUUUAUGCCAGUGAGGACAAACUAGAGAACAGGGGCAAUUAUGUAGCUGAGAAAAUAAGUUGCCAGAAAGUGAAUGAAGCUGCUUGUGACAUUGCAAGAGAAGUGGCUAAUGAUGGUGAUGCUUUAGUGGCUGGAGGAGUCAGUCAAACACCAUCAUACUUGAGCUGCAAGGAUAAAGCAGAGGUUAAAGCAGUCUUUCAAAAGCAACUGGAUAUCUUUAUGAAGAAGAAUGUGGACUUCCUAAUUGCAGAGUAUUUUGAACAUGUUGAAGAGGCUGUCUGGGCAGUUGAAGUUCUGAAAGAAUCUGGGAAGCCAGUUGCAGCUACAAUGUGCAUUGGUCCAGAAGGAGACAUGCAUGGUGUACCCCCUGGAGAGUGUGCUGUACAACUGGUAAAGGCUGGUGCUUCUAUUGUUGGGGUCAAUUGCCACUUUGAUCCAGAUACUUGCCUGCAAACUGUGAAACUGAUGAAAGAGGGCUUGCAGGCUGCGAAACUGAAAGCUCAUCUGAUGUCCCAACCACUUGCUUUCCAUACACCUGAUUGUGGAAAACAGGGUUUUAUCGAUCUUCCAGAGUUUCCUUUUGGUCUGGAGCCAAGAAUUGUAACCAGAUGGGAUAUUCAAAAAUAUGCAAGGAAGGCCUAUGACUUAGGAAUUCGUUACAUUGGAGGUUGCUGUGGAUUUGAGCCAUAUCAUGUCCGAGCAAUAGCUGAGGAGCUAGGUCCUGAAAGAGGAUUUUUGCCAGAAGCUUCUGAGAAACAUGGUAGCUGGGGUGAUAGCCUGAGCAUGCAUACCAAACCCUGGGUCAGAGCAAGGGCAAGAAAAGAAUACUGGGAGAAUCUGAAGCCUGCUUCAGGCAGGCCAUAUUGUCCUUCAAUGUCAAAGCCAGAUGGCUGGGGAGUGACCAAAGGAACCAGGGAGCUGAUGCAACAGAAAGAAGCAACAAGUGAACAACAGCUAAAGGAGCUCUUCCAGAAACAGAAGUUCUAACCCACUGCAGUUGCAUAAAUGUUAGUGAUUUAACUACAAAUUGCCUCAUGCUUCACAAGAAAAUCUAUGAAGAUAUGAACCCUGUUGAUUGAUCAGAUAACUUGUAAUGAAAGAGAAAAAAACGCAGAAAGAAUGUGAUUACAGAUUAAAUAUAUCCAACUUUCAUAAUAAAACCUUUCUCUGGACAAA